GCGCGUGACGCCGUUCCUAACAGGCGUGAUAGCACGUCACGUUGUCCCCGCCGGCGCCACACCGUCGCACGCGGUGCUGCUCAAAACGCACAAGCAACUAUAUCACAGCGGGACUCAUGACGCUGCUAUCUGAAGCCCAUGUCCUCGCCGAAACCAGCCAGCUGUCCAGCUGCGUGCUGGACUCCCUGCUCGAACUGCAUUUCGGCACCUACGCGCUCGGCGUGUCGCGCAGACUGACCUCGGUUGCGUAUCUGCCCGCUGUGGGACUCGAGCCUGCGUCGAGCCUGGAGCUCGGGGUCAGGGAUGUGGCGCAUGCGGUGGGCGUGGCGAGGGAGAACGGCAUGGCGUUGCGGAUUGGAGACUUGUAUCUUGAGGCUGCGGGCGAGGCGAUCAAGUAUGGGCUGGAGACGGGCAGAAAGUGUGAUAGUAGUGCCGUGUAUGGCGUUGUGAGACGGCGGGCGGGACUGGAGUUUGAGACGAGGGUUGUGAGGGAGAGGGAUGGCAUGGGGGAAGGGGAGGGGGGGGGUGUGAUGGAAGUGGGCUAG